AUGGAGAAUCAGCCGAACCGGCCCCAGCAGGGCGCGCCGGAGUUGGCUGCUUUGGCUCGUCGAGAAGAGAGUUCGGUUAGGGGAAUCGAUCUUAUGAGAGUCGAUCAAUGCGAGAAUAUCGGUGUAAUCCAAGGUCCUGGCUUUUCUGGACCUGCCCCGACGGUUGGUGUGCCCGUUGAGCAAGUGGCCAGAAUUGUUGAUGAGGCUGCCCCUGUAAAGCGAAAACGGGGCCGGCCUCCGAAGUCACAGGCUAAGACGCCUCAGCAAACUAGGCCACCGCCGACGCAACAGAAGGAAGAAAAGGAAGAGGAUGUCUGCUUCAUCUGCUUCGACGGCGGAGACCUCGUUCUAUGUGAUCGCCGGAACUGCCCCAAGGCAUACCAUCCAGCUUGUAUUAAGAGAGAUGAGGCAUUCUUUCGAACAACGGCUAAAUGGAACUGUGGUUGGCACAUAUGCGGUACAUGCCAGAAGUCUUCCAGUUACAUGUGUUAUACAUGCACUUUUUCUGUUUGUAAGCGGUGCAUUAAAGAUGCUGACUAUGUGAUUGUGAGAGGUAACAUGGGUCUUUGUGGCACAUGUAUUAAGCCUAUAAAGUUGAUUGAGAAUAUUGCUCACGGAGAUAACGAAGCGGUUAAGGUGGAUUUUGAUGACAAACUCAGUUGGGAGUAUCUAUUCAAGGUAUAUUGGCUUUGCCUGAAGGAAGAUCUGUCUCUAACUGUCGAUGAGCUUACUAGAGCGAACAAUCCUUGGAAGGAGGAUCCUAACGCUGCUCCUAAAACGGACUCACAAAAUGAUCAUACCAAUAGCAGAGCUUUAGAUGUAGCAGUCAAUGGAACAAAGAGAAGAAGGACCAGUGAUUCCCCCACUUUACCCAACAAGUCGGAUGGAAAAAUUCCAAACAAGAUCCUAAAGAAGCCUCCUGGAGAUACAAGCUGGGCUACAAAAGAACUCCUCGAGCUUGUGUCGUUGAUGAAAAAUGGCGAUACGUCUGUUCUUGGCGUGCAUGAAGGACAGACUCUUCUGCUUGACUAUGUAACGAAGAAAAAUCUAAGGGAUCCUGAUCAGACGUCUCAAGUUAUUUGUGACCUGAUGCUUGUGAAGUUGUUUGGAAGACAGCGAGUUGCUCACUUUGAAAUGCUCAAGCUUCUCGAGUCUCACUUCCUUAUUCAGGAGGAGAAAACCACGAAUGGGGAAACUUCUCAUGCUGUUCCUAGCCAAAUAGAGGAGGAUACUGUUCGUGAUACACCAGUUAGGGAUAGAAGACGGAAGAUGCGUAGGAAAACUGAUGACCGAGUACAAAAUGAAAAUCUGGAUGCAUAUGCGGCCAUUGAUGUUCAUAAUAUCAACCUGGUUUAUCUGAGACGUAAAUUUCUAGAGACUCUACUUGAUGAUAUCGACAAAGUUCACGAAAAGGUGGUAGGCACAAUUUUGAGAAUUAAGGUAUCUGGCAGUGACCAGAAGCUGGAUAUUCACAGGCUUGUUCAAGUUGUAGGUACAAGCAAGGCAACGGCAUCGUACCAAGUUGGCGCAAAGACUACAGAUGUUAUGCUAGAAAUACUGAAUUUAGACAAGAGAGAAGUCAUCUCGAUUGAUCAAUUAACAGACCAGAACGUCACAGAGGAUGAGUGCAAACGGUUGCGCCAGAGCAUAAAAUGUGGCCUCAAUAGACGAUUGACUGUGGGUGACAUCUUGAAGACGGCAGCAACACUACAAGCCAUGAGAGUCAAUGACGCUCUGGAAGCUGAGAUAUUAAAGGUCAAACAUCUCCGGGAUCGGGCCAAAAAGAUAGAGCUUCUAGAAUCACAUGAGGAACGCCAGCGGCUUCUGCAGAAAGUCCCAGAAGUUCAUAUAGAUGCAAGCAUGGAUCCAACUCAUGCAUCAUCAGAAGAUGCAGGAUUAACUACAAGGAAACCAGAUAAUCACAUACAAAAGGCACAAAGUAAAGGUCUGCAGAGAAAAGGGGAUACCCCAAAAAACUUGGGAAAAAAUGCUAAAAAAGUUUUUGAUGCACCAAAUUUGCGAAGCAGAAAUGUCACGCAUGCUAAUAAAGAUGAUUCUUCCAAGGUCCACAAUAACUCAUCAGCUAUCCAGGAAACUGUUAAAGAUGAAGAGAGUGAAGUAUGGCAUUACCGAGAUCCAACGGGAAAGCCCCAGGGACCAUUUUCUAUGGUGCAGCUUCGCAGAUGGAAAUCUAGUGGUCAUUUUCCUCCUUAUCUUAAGAUAUGGAAAGAGCAUGAGAAUGAGUCUGUACUUUUGACUGACGCUCUUUUCGGACGGCUUGACAAAGCAACUACUUUGCCAAGUUCCUCUUUGCUUCCCCAAGAACUAAAACCGUCUCCGGAGGACUCUGGACUCACAAGUGCAACCUCUUCGUCCUCUACUGUCAGUGCCCUAGCCAACAAACCAAAAGAGAAACAAGUUGAAGCUCUUGCAUCUAGCUCUGGGAAAGUCGAGGAUGGUAAUUCUGUUCAACUCCAGCCUCAAGUUAGUUGUCCGGCGUCAAUGCCUGUGGUUCCAGGACACUUGGUUACUCCUGACGCAAGAGAAACUCCAAGAACUGAUCAAUCCAGUGCUGUGCUGGCAGAUGGUAACCAUAUCACAACUAAGCGUGUAGAAGAUGGAACAAAUGGUGGUUCUGUUUCCGUAAACGAUUCUGUUCCUGCACCAAACCUGAAUCAAGAAAUUCAUUUCCUUGAUUUCCCCAGUCCUACACCUAAGUCGAGCCCUGAAGACUUGGAAGCUCAAGCAGCGGAGACUAUUCAGUCUCUGUCUUCAUGUGUUCUGGUCAAAGGACCAUCUGGUGUCACAUGGAGCACCACCACCACCACAACCACCGAUGCUGCUACUACCACUUCAAGUAUUGUGGUCACUGGAGGACAGCUUCCUCAAGUAACUCAGCAGAAUGCUGUUGUUUUAGCUACACCGUCUGUGAAGCCAAUUGAUCAUGCCACAAUUAGUCAGACUUCAGACAACAACGCCCAAGUGACUCACACAUCUGGGUGGCCGGCCAUUGUGACUGACCCAGACGAGUGCGAUGAAUCAGUUUCAGAUCUGUUAGCUGAAGUUGAAGCAAUGGAGCAAAACGGUUUGCCCUCUUCACCCACCUCAACGUUUCACUGCGAUGACGACGAUGAUUUGACAAAAGGGCCAGAAAAAGAUUUCUUCAACCCCGUGGCACGCAUGUCCCUCACAUCUGAGACAUGUAGAAUGGAUGUCUCUCAGGCGAGUAUUCUCGACAACGUCUCUUCCGGGAAAAGCUCAAUGGGCACAGAAGCAAAAGUCAACAUUCCCUUCAGCCACUGCACAACCGCUGGUCCAGAGCUCCUGCUAUUUGCACCACCACCACCAGCGCCAGCGUCAAUAAGGCAGGACCUGACUCUAACAACAACAGCUCUCAGGCUGGGAUCAGAAACCACAGUGGAUGCCGGACCAGUCGAGAGGCUUCACAGGUCAGUUUCGGGAGUAGGUCUGGAACCGAGCCCGAGGUCAUCAUCAUCCCAUGACUCAGGCCGUGGAAACACGGAGCGCAGUCGCAGUCCACGUGGAAGUCACCAAAGGAGAUCCGGUGGGCAGAGCAGAGACAGAGACAGAGAGAGAGACCGGCAAUGGUGGAGUAACGGUCACAACAGUAGCUUCAACAACAGGCAUGAUAAUCAUCAUCGGCAAUGGCCAUACAGCAGUAGCCACGGGUAUGACCAUGGACCAGGUUCGUACGCAGCUCAUCCGCCCAAAGGGCUGAAAAUCUGCAAAUUCUAUGAGAGUGGAUACUGCAAAAGAGGUGCUUCUUGCAGUUUUUGGCACCCUUGA